GCUCAUGUCGGUCAGCGGCCGCUGCCUUCCGGGUUCGGCAGGAGGAGCGGGGCCGCCGCCGCCGCCGCAGCAUGAGGCGGGUCACGCUGUUCGUUAACGGCAGCCCCCGGAACGGGAAGGUUGUGGCUGUGUAUGGGACUUUAUCAGAUUUGCUGUCUGUGGCUAGUAAUAAGCUUGGAAUAAAAGCGACCAGUGUUUACAAUGGAAAAGGUGGACUCAUUGAUGAUAUCGCUUUGAUUAGGGAUGAUGAUGUUCUGUUUGUCUGUGAAGGGGAACCAUUCAUUGACCCUCAGACUGAUGGGAGACCUCACGAAGGACUGACAGGGUCCCACACAGACUGGUUAACACUCAAUGUUGGAGGCCGAUACUUCACCACGACACGGAGCACUUUGGUCAACAAAGAACCUGACAGUAUGUUGGCCCACAUGUUUAAAGAUAAAGAUGCUUGGGGAAAUAAGCAAGAUCAUAGAGGAGCAUUCCUAAUUGACCGCAGUCCAGAGUAUUUUGAGCCAAUUUUGAACUAUUUGCGUCACGGACAGCUCAUUGUAAAUGAUGGCAUUAAUUUGCUAGGUGUUUUGGAAGAAGCCAGGUUUUUUGGUAUCGAUUCACUAAUUGAACAUCUAGAAAUAGCUAUUAAGAAUUCACAGCCAGCUGAGGAUCAUUCUCCUAUAUCUCGCAAAGAGUUUGUCCGAUUCUUGCUGGCAACCCCAACCAAGUCCGAGCUGCGCUGUCAGGGUCUCAAUUUCAGUGGAGCAGAUCUUUCACGUCUUGAUCUCCGAUACAUCAACUUCAAGAUGGCAAACCUGAGCCGGUGCAACCUGGCGCACGCCAACCUGUGCUGUGCCAAUCUUGAGAGAGCUGACCUCUCCGGAUCAGUGCUUGAUUGUGCAAACCUUCAAGGGGUGAAAAUGCUGUGUUCCAAUGCAGAAGGAGCAUCUCUAAAAGGGUGCAAUUUUGAAGAUCCAUCAGGCCUUAAAGCUAAUUUGGAAGGUGCCAACCUGAAAGGUGUGGACAUGGAAGGCAGUCAAAUGACAGGAAUUAAUCUAAGAGUUGCAACGCUGAAAAAUGCAAAACUAAAAAACUGUAAUCUUAGAGGAGCAACUUUGGCAGGAACUGAUUUGGAAAACUGUGAUCUAUCAGGUUGUGAUCUACAAGAAGCUAACUUGAGAGGAUCUAAUGUAAAAGGAGCUAUCUUUGAAGAGAUGCUGACACCUUUGCACAUGUCUCAGAGCGUCAGAUAGGGAAGAGAAUAUGCCGAAGAGGAAGGAAUGAGAACAUUUAUUGUGACUUUCUUUACCUCCUCCCCUUAUUAAGUUAGAAGUAAUGACUAUUAGACAACUUACAUUUGCAUAGUGCCUAAGUAAACUCUUCUUUGAUCACUUUAGGGGGAGGGAGGUUUUGUUUAAAAGGUAGGAAGAGAAAGUGUCUGUUCCUACCUUUGUGAACAGAGUGAGGAAAUGGGCUGGUUUGGGGGGGAGGGUUAAAUAGAUUCAUUGUUUAGCAUUGCCUCACUUUGGAAUGCAUUUUAAUUUAUAAAGCACAAUAUAUGCAAUUUUAUUUAUUAAAUCUGUAGCUGCAAUAUGAAUAGAAAAUGUUAUUCAUGUAUAGUAGCAACGAAGUUCAGGUUUACAGUUAGGCUAGUGUAUUUACAGUUAGUUUCUUCAUUCAUGCAGUGUGUUAAAUGACUCAUGUGGUUUAGACAAUGUCCACAGGAUGUUUUCAGGUACUUUUCUGGGGUGAAAACAGUAGUUAACUGUCAUCACUGUCAUAUUGCCUUGUAGUAGUUUGAAUGCAGGUAUAGAACAGCUUUAUCAUCUUCUAAACUGUGCAGGGGAAGUUGCUUCCACUGCAGGGAUCUGCCUACGCAGCAGCUGAACCCCCCCGCUCGGAAAUUGGAUGUCUUCUUUAAUCCUUUCCAAAUUAGUGUGAAAUUGCACUGUCAGUCACGGCUGGUAAGAAGAAAUCUCUCGCUUUCAGAUGUCCUAACCACUGCAAAGCGGAGUACCUGUAGAGUUUUCAUUCUUUGUGGGGAGUUAACUGUACAUAGGAAAAUACAAUACUGUCACCAAAGUAGAGAUAAGCAUUGUGGCCACAGCACUUGCUCAAUCCUCCCAUUGUUACUCCAGUAUAUGAAUAUAUAGCAGCAGUUUCCCCUCAAUGUACUAUGCAAAUACUCCUGUACACUGAAUCCUUGAAAGCAUGGGCAUAACCCUUUUCCCACCCAGAUCUUAGUGUUCCACUUUGGGCCUGCUUAAAGUGGCUUUAAAAGCAUCUUGCGUAGGGCAAAGUACCCUUUCCACAACUGCUUUACCUGUGAGCAAAUAGGGAACUGUGUGACUUCUGCAGUGCAGAAAGCCUCACAGCAUCUCUUUAAGUGGUGGUGCACUUCAUUUAAUAAGCUGUUUCCACUGUAGUGUCAAUCUAGUUCUCAUCUAACAUGUUUAUUUUAUACACAAUCAAAAAGCACAUGAAGAAACUAUACCAAAAAAAAGAAGGUGCAUCAAGAACUCUUACCUCAGAUGCUUACUUAAAACACCCCAAAGUUAAAACUAACCUUGAAUCUAAGCAAAUACAGCUAUUACUGGGAGUUCAGAACCAAUGUAUCCCGAAACUUACAGAAUGUGACACUGUUGGCAAUAGCUUGUCACUUCGGUGGGUUUUUACUUGCAGUGCAGAUUUCCUGUCCUCUGAGCAGAACUCUUCUUGUCUCAGUACUUGUUACGAAAAUGCUGCUUUGCCAUUGAUACAGAAAGAGUAGUUCAGGACCAGCAUAUGAUCUGUUGGGGGGAAUUGCUGGAUUCUCCCUUGCUUUUAAGUUGGGUUGACUCAGGCAUAUGACAUGAACUUCUGGGGCUCAAAAUCCCAGUGUUAUGUGGGUCAGAACUGGGAUUUUCCUUCCUCAAGAUUCCCAGGCCUCUUGAUCUGGCUCCAGGACACCACCAAAUCCUUGGUGAAAUACAACUAUAGAUUCAAGGGAAAUAGUUCAGCGGGAUUUUGGAGUCCUUUCUCCCACCUCAUCGCUUUCAUCGAGAGUGAUGUGUAUGUUGCAGUAGAAGAAGAUUCCUAGGGCUAGAGAAAUAAAUGAAUUAUUUUUCUUUAUCAUAUUUUGUAGUUAGCAGAAGUAAAAUAUUGUAUGGAAAAAAGAUCUAUUUUCAUAAUCGCUGUGUAUAAACUAUAUUUGAACUUUCACUGAAGCACUAUGUUUUGAAUAAUCACAGCAUGUGGCAUCAUUCAUUCACAGCUGAAUUUAAGGUACCUCUUUUGCUAUGACAAAGCUGGAUGAAUAGCCCAGAGUGGCCUAUUCAGAACUUGCAGGUUCCAGCCUAAUUUAAAUUGCAUUAAUAAAAGUGUGAAAUAUGAAA